CAAGCAGAGAGAGGCACUGGCAACGCGAGGGAAACAGCUUUUACUUUUUAAUUUUAAUUUUAGAAUUUUAUGCGUAAUGAGCUGAGGGCAUGCGCAGCCGUGGAUAAAGGGUUUCUCUGUUGACUCAGGUGGCAUGGUGUGGUGCUAGAAGACUUGUCUGGAGAUACACGUUCAACUGCUUCGUUGUGCAUCAUGUUUGAAUGCUAAGAAUCAAUUAGAAAUAUACAUGAAUGUGCAGCUGCAUUAACUAUAGCCUUGAAAGGCUGUAGCGUCUUUAAUCGCACGAACCCGAGUGUUGCGUUCUCUGUGCGGGCUCCGUGAGCAACUGUACGCACAAUCGCGACCCCCGGACCAAGAAGAAAAAGGGGUUCGGAUGAGGUGUCUGCCUAGAUUGUUUGCUUCAAGAAAACCAGCUAACUUUCACCCUUUUCUUUCUAACGGCAGUGCCAUCGGGCAUUGCUCAGGAGAUGGCGAUGAGGUUGGUCCUCUUAGGAUUUCUACUGUUCAUCGGGAUCCUAUCUUCUAACGGCGUAACCGUAGCCCCCAAGACUGAGGAGCAGCCCAAAACCUGCAGCUCGAAGCAGUUUGUGUGCAAGGAUCAGGUGACCUGCAUCUCCAAAGGCUGGCGCUGUGAUGGCGAGAAGGACUGUCCAGAUGGUUCAGACGAAUCCCCAGACAUCUGCACUCACAACAGAGUAAGGCAGUGUCCAGUGAAUGAGCAUGGCUGCCUGGACCUGGACGUAUGUCUCCCUAUGAGCAAGUUCUGUGAUGGAGUCCCAGAUUGCUCUGACGGUUGGGAUGAGGGGCCUCACUGCAGAGAACAUGCUACAGCCUGUGCCUCCCAUGGGUGUCAGUAUCACUGUGCAGUAACUCAUGACGGUCCUAAGUGCUACUGUGCUCCUGGGUAUGAAGUAGCUGAUGAUGGAAAGACAUGUAAAGAUUUCAAUGAGUGCAGUGUAUACGGGACCUGCUCUCAGACAUGUACAAACACAGAGGGCUCCUACACCUGCAGCUGUGUGGAGGGUUACCUGCUGCAGCCAGACAACCGCUCCUGCAAAGCCAAAAAUGUUCCCGUGGAUCGUCUUCCAAUGCUCUUGAUUGCCAACCUCCACGAUAUUCGGUGCACCACUUUAUCAGGCUCCAUGUCCAGACUGCCCUCCAUCACGACAAAGCAGACGAUGGCCAUGGACUUUGUGUACUCUGAGGAGAAGGUCUGCUGGAUAGAUGUGGGAGACACCCCUGCAACCACUCAACUCAAGUGUGCCAGCAUCCCCGAUCUCAAGACCAUCACCAACAUCCACACCAUCAACAUCUCCCUCAGCCUGCACCAUGUUGAACAGAUGGCUAUUGACUGGUUGACUGGAAACUUCUACUUUGUCGAUGAUGUGGACGACCGGGUGUUUGUGUGCAACAAAAAUGGCCAGACUUGUGUGACUCUUCUGGAUCAGGAACUGUACAAUCCCAAAGGAAUCGCCUUGGACCCAGCCAUGGGAAAAGUGUUCUUCACAGACUAUGGCUCCACUCCAAGAGUCGAGCGUUGUGAUAUGGAUGGACAGAACCGGACUAAACUCGUGGACAGUAAAAUCGUCUUCCCUCAUGGUAUCACUCUGGACCUGGUCAACAGGCUGGUGUACUGGGCUGAUGCAUACCUCGACUACAUUGAAGUGGUGGACUAUGAAGGAAAGAACCGCCACACCAUUAUUCAGGGCCUGCUGAUCGAGCAUCUUUACGGCCUGACUGUAUUCGAGAACUAUUUGUAUGCAACAAACUCUGAUGAAGGUAACCUCAACCCCAAGACCAGUGUGAUCCGAGUGAACCGCUUCAACCGCACAGACUUCCAUGUGGUCACACGUGUAGACAGAGGCGCAGCACUGCAUGUGUACCAUCAGAGACGCCAGCCUCAGGUGCGCAGUCAUGCUUGUGCCUUGGACCAGUUUGGGAAGCCUGGAGGUUGUUCAGACAUCUGUUUGUUGAGCAACAGCCAUAAGACAAGAACAUGCCGGUGUCGAUCGGGGUUCAGCCUCGGUAGUGACGGGAAAUCCUGCAAAAAACCAGACCAUGAGCUGUUCUUGGUGUAUGGCAAGGGUCGUCCGGGCAUCAUCAGAGGCAUGGACAUGAAUGCCAAGGUCCCUGAUGAAUACAUGAUCCCCAUUGAAAACCUCAUGAACCCCAGAGCUCUGGAUUUCCAUGCUGCCAGUGAAUUCAUCUAUUUUGCGGAUGCUACAAGCUACAUCAUUGGCCGACAGAAGAUAGAUGGGACAGAGAGGGACACUAUAUUAAAGGAAGGUAUUCACACUGUAGAGGGGAUAGCAGUGGACUGGAUGGGAGGUAAUCUUUAUUGGACAGAUGAUGGACCUAAGAAAACUAUUAGCGUUGCCAGGUUGGAAAAGGCUUCCCAGACCCGCAAGACUCUUAUAGAGGGAAAGAUGAGUCACCCCAGAGCAAUUGUGGUGGACCCUCAGCAUGGGUGGAUGUACUGGACAGACUGGGAGGAGGAUCCUACUGAGAGCAACAGAGGCAAAAUCAAGAAAGCUUGGAUGGAUGGUUCUCAUCAUCAAGUGUUUUUGACAAGCAAGACUGUGCUGUGGCCGAAUGGUCUGAGUCUAGACAUUCCCCAGGGAAUCUUGUACUGGGUGGAUGCAUACUAUGAUCGCAUUGAGCUUGUGUACCUCAACUCUACAGAAAGAAAGGUUGUGUAUGAAGGUCAGGAGCUGAAUCACGCAUUUGGUUUGUGCCAUUACAAGCAAUUCCUCUUCUGGAAUGAGUAUCGUGGUGGAAGCAUUUAUAAAUUGGAUCAGGAAACCAAAAAUGUAACCUUACUUCGCAAUGAGAGGCCACCUAUUUUUGAGAUCAGAGUCUAUGAUGCACAGCAGCAGCAAGGGUCCAAUGCAUGUAGAGUUAACAAUGGUGGCUGCAGCAGCUUAUGCCUUGCUAUUCCUAAUGGUCGGUCCUGUGCCUGUGCAGACGAUCAAAUCUUGGAUGUGGAUAACGUCACCUGCAAAGCCAACCCCUCCUAUGUGCCCCCGCCUCAGUGCCAACCUGGGGAGUUUGCCUGUAAGAACAACCGCUGUAUCCAAGAGCGCUGGAAGUGUGACGGAGACAACGAUUGUCUGGACAACAGUGACGAGGUGCCGGAGCUUUGCCACCAGCACACUUGCCCAGCUGACCGGUUUAAAUGUCAGAACAACCGCUGUAUCCCCCUUCGUUGGCUUUGUGAUGGAGACAAUGACUGUGGCAAUGAUGAAGAUGAAUCUAACACUACCUGCUCUGCACGCACAUGCCCACCCAAUCAGUAUCCAUGUGCCAGUGGUCGCUGCAUCCCCAUCUCCUGGACAUGUGACCUGGAUGAUGACUGUGGAGACCGCUCUGAUGAGCCAGACUCUUGUGCCUAUCCAACUUGCUUCCCAUUGACGCAGUUCACUUGUGCAAAUGGACGAUGCAUAAACAUUAACUGGCGCUGUGACAAUGACAAUGAUUGUGGAGAUAACAGCGAUGAGGCAGGGUGCAGCCACUCCUGCUCCAGUGUCCAGUUUAAAUGCAACAGUGGCCGCUGUAUCCCCGAGUACUGGACGUGUGAUGGGGACAAUGACUGUGGAGACUACAGUGAUGAGACACACGCUAACUGCACCAACCAGGCUACUCGACCUCCAGGUGGCUGCCAUGUCGAUGAAUUCCAGUGCCGGAUGGAUGGUUUGUGCAUUCCCAUGCGCUGGCGUUGUGAUGGAGACACAGACUGUAUGGAUCUAAGCGAUGAGAACAGCUGUGAUGGCGUUACACACAUGUGUGACCCUGCGGUCAAGUUCAGCUGCAGGGACUCGGCUCGCUGCAUCAGUAAGGCUUGGGUGUGUGAUGGAGACAGUGACUGUGAGGACAAUUCGGACGAGGACAACUGUGAAGCGUUGGUGUGUAAAUUAUCUCACCACAUGUGUGCCACCAAUGACUCCAUCUGUCUGCCCGCUGAAAAGCUCUGCGAUGGCACUGAUGACUGUCCUGAUGGCUCUGAUGAGAAACUUUGUGAUCUGUGUGCAGUGGACAAAGGAGGCUGCAGUCACAACUGUACAAUAAUUCCUGGAGAAGGAUACAUGUGUUCUUGCCCGUUGGGUAUGGAGCUGGGCCCUGACAAUAAGACUUGCCAGAUCCAGAGCUUCUGUGCCAAACAUCUUAAGUGUAGCCAGAAGUGCGAGCAGGAGAAAUCCACCGUCAAGUGCUCCUGCUAUGAGGGCUGGGAAUUGGAGUCUGACAUGGAAAGUUGCAAAAGCACAGAUCCUUUCAAACCCUUCAUAAUUUUUUCCAACCGUCAUGAGAUCCGAAGGAUAGAGCUUCACAAAGGGGAGUUCAGUGUGCUGGUCCCAGGCCUGAGGAACACGAUAGCCUUGGACUUUCACCUCAACCAGAGCACAUUGUACUGGACCGAUGUGGUUGAGGACAAGAUAUACAGAGGGAAACUCUCUGAAAAUGGAGCUCUGACCAGCUUUGAGGUGGUGAUUCAGUAUGGACUGGCCACACCUGAGGGCCUGGCUGUAGACUGGAUCGCUGGAAACAUUUACUGGGUUGAGAGUAAUCUGGAUCAAAUUGAAGUUGCUAAACUUGAUGGGACAAUGAGGACAACUCUGUUGGCUGGAGAAGUAGAGCACCCUCGUGCUAUUGCUUUAGAUCCCCGUGAUGGUAUUCUCUUCUGGACUGAUUGGGAUGCGAGUCAGCCUAGGAUAGAGGCCGCUUCUAUGAGUGGCGAAGGCAGGCGCACGAUCCACAGAGAGACUGGCAGUGGUGGUUGGCCCAAUGGACUCACUGUAGACUAUAUGGAGAGGCGCAUUGUAUGGAUCGAUGCCAGGUCAGAUGCAAUCUACUCUGCUAAGUAUGAUGGAUCAGGGCUCAUUGAAGUUUUGCGUGGUCACGAGUAUCUGUCGCACCCAUUUGCUGUCACUAUGUAUGGUGGUGAGGUCUACUGGACUGACUGGAGGACAAACACCUUAUCUAAAGCAAACAAAUGGACUGGACACAAUGUGACUGUGGUCCAGCGCACCAACACACAGCCCUUUGACCUGCAGGUUUACCACCCAUCAAGACAACCUCAGGCUCCAAAUCCUUGUGCUAAAGAUGGCAAAAGCCCUUGUUCCCACCUCUGCCUCAUCAACUUCAACCAGACAUUCUCCUGUGCCUGUCCUCACCUUAUGAAACUGCAAGCUGACAAGCGCACAUGUAAAGAAUCCCGCAAGUUUCUCCUCUAUGCUCGUCAAAUUGAGAUCAGAGGAGUUGACAUCGACAAUCCCUAUUACAACUACAUCAUUUCCUUCACUGUGCCGGACAUAGACAAUGUCACAGCUGUGGACUAUGAUGCUGUAGAACAUCGCAUCUAUUGGUCAGAUGUCAGAACUCAAACUAUUAAGAGAGCCUUCAUUAAUGGCACUGGUGUGGAGACUGUUGUGUCAGCUGAUCUUCCCAAUGCACAUGGACUGGCAGUGGACUGGGUGUCAAGAAACCUCUUCUGGACUAGUUAUGACACCAAUAAGAAGCAGAUCAAUGUGGCCAGAUUGGAUGGGUCUUUUAAAAAUGCUGUGGUCCAGGGACUUGAUAAACCCCACUGUCUGGUUGCACACCCUCUGCUUGGUAAAUUGUACUGGACAGAUGGGGAUAACAUUAGUAUGGCUAAUAUGGAUGGCACAAAUCGCACUUUACUCUUUACCAACCAAAAAGGGCCAGUUGGUCUCUCAAUUGAUUAUGAGAAUGAGAAGCUGUACUGGAUAAGCUCAGGAAACAGCACCAUUAAUCGCUGUAAACUGGAUGGGUCCAACCUGGAGAUACUUGAGGGCAUUAAAGGCAAACUUACCAAAGCCACAGCACUUGCAAUUAUGGGAGACAAGCUCUGGUGGGCAGACCAGGGGAGUGAUCAAAUUGGGACAUGUGACAAGAAAGAUGGAGGAAACUGGAAGGUCUUAAGAAACAACACAUCUCCAAUGAUGCACAUGAAGAUAUAUGAUGAAGAUACACAGAAAGCUGGUAUAAACCUCUGCAGUAACAACAAUGGAGACUGCUCUCAACUGUGCCUUCCCACUUCUUCAACAACCCGGGCCUGCAUGUGCACCGCAGGAUACAGCCUGAAGAGUGGUCAGCAGUCCUGUGAGGGAAUGGGCUCCUUCUUGCUUUACUCAGUCCAUGAGGGAAUUAGAGGAAUUCCUUUGGACCCUGCAGACAAAUCUGACGCUCUGGUGCCAGUGUCUGGCACCUCUCUGGCCGUUGGCAUCGACUUUCAUGCUGAGAAUGACACCAUUUAUUGGGUUGACAUGGGCCUAAGCACCAUCAGCAGAGCCAAGAGAGACCAGACCUGGAGAGAGGAUGUGGUUACAAAUGGGAUUGGGAGAGUGGAGGGCAUCACUGUGGACUGGAUAGCAGGAAAUAUUUAUUGGACUGACCAGGGCUUUGAUGUGAUUGAAGUUGCACGACUGAAUGGUUCUUUCCGUUAUGUGGUGAUCUCACAGGGCCUCGAUAAACCUAGAGCCAUUACUGUUCAUCCAGUGAAAGGGUACCUGUUCUGGACAGAGUGGGGUCAGUACCCCCGUAUCGAGCGUUCUCGUCUUGAUGGCUCUCAGAGGCUAGUCCUAGUCAAUGUGAGCAUCAGCUGGCCCAAUGGAAUCUCCAUUGACUAUGAGGAAGGUUUGCUUUACUGGUGUGAUGCCAGAACUGAUAAGAUUGAGCGCAUCAACCUCGAGACUGGAGAAAACAGAGAGCUGGUGUUGGCCAACAACAAUAUGGAUAUGUUUGCUGUGUCUGUCUUUGAGGAAUACAUCUACUGGAGUGACAGGACUCAUGCAAAUGGCUCCAUUAAAAGAGGCAGCAAAGACAAUGCUACAGAUGCAGUUCAGCUGAGGACUGGAAUCGGUGUGCAGCUGAAAGACAUAAAGGUUUUCAACAGAGCCAGGCAACAAGGCACCAAUGUUUGCAAGGACAACAAUGGUGGUUGUGAACAACUAUGUCUGUUUCGUGGAAAUGGGCAGCGGACUUGCGCUUGUGCACAUGGCAUGCUUGCUGAGGACAACAAAAGCUGCCGUGACUAUGAUGGAUAUCUGCUUUAUUCCGAGAGGACUAUAUUAAAGAGCAUACACCUAUCAGAUGAGACUAAUUUAAAUGCUCCUAUAAAACCAUUUGAGGACCCAGACCACAUGAAGAAUGUCAUUGCUCUGAGUUUUGACUAUCACGGAGGAGGAGGAAAAGGGUCUAACCGCAUCUUCUUCAGUGACAUUCACUUUGGAAACAUCCAGCAGAUCAAUGAUGAUGGAGCAGACCGCAAGAUUGUUGUUGAUAAUGUUGGAUCGGUUGAGGGUCUUGCCUAUCACCGCGGCUGGGAUACACUCUAUUGGACCAGUUAUACAACAUCAACAAUCACUCGGCACACAGUCGACCAGAGCCGAAAUGUGGCCUACAACCGUGAUACUGUGGUCACUAUGUCUGGAGAGGACCACCCCAGAGCAUUUGUACUUGACGAGUGUCAGGAUCUCAUGUUCUGGACCAACUGGAAUGAGCAGGCUCCCAGUAUAAUGAGGGCAUCUCUGAAUGGGGCAAAUGUUCUAGUGAUCAUUGGUAGUGACAUCAAAACUCCAAACGGUCUGGCUAUAGAUCAUCGGGCUGAAAAACUCUACUUUUCCGAUGCCACAUUGGACAAGAUCGAGCGCUGUGAAUAUGAUGGAAGCAACCGUUAUGUCCUUUUGAAGAAUGAACCCGUUCACCCGUUUGGCCUGGCUGUAUAUGGGGACUACAUUUUCUGGACGGACUGGGUGAGGAGGGCUGUCCUAAGAGCGGAUAAGUACACAGGAGGAGAUAUGAAGGUGCUCAGAGCAGACAUCCCACAGCAACCAAUGGGCAUCAUCGCUGUGGCCAAUGACACCAACAGCUGUGAGUAUUCCCCUUGCCAUAACAACAAUGGCGGAUGUCAGGACUUGUGUCUGCCGACCUCAGACGGACGGGUCAACUGCAGCUGCCGCGGAGACCGUCAACUUCUAGAAGACAAUACUUGCUCUUCUGUGAAUAUGUCCUGUGGAAGUGUGGAUGACUUUGAGUGUGGCAAUGGGGACUGCAUCAACUACAGCCUGACCUGUGAUGGCAUGGUACACUGCAAGGACAAGUCUGACGAGAAGCAGUCGUAUUGCGCUCACAGAAUUUGCAAGAAAGGCUACAGAAAGUGCAUGAACGGGCGUUGCAUUGGACAUCAAUUCUGGUGUGAUGGCACGGAUGACUGUGGAGAUCAUUCUGAUGAACUUCCAUGUAAUAUGACACUGUGUAAAGUAGGAGAGUUCCAGUGCAAAGAUGGAAGCUGUAUUUCUAACUUCAGCCGCUGUGACCAAGUGGUGAACUGUGAGGAUGCAAGUGACGAGAUGAACUGCCAGCCCACUGACUGCUCCCGUUUCUUCCGACUGGGCGUGAAAGGAGCUUCUUUCAAGAACUGUGAGAAAACAACCCUUUGUUACCUGCCCUCCUGGGAGUGUGACGGCAACAAUGACUGUGGAGACUUCUCUGAUGAAAGAAACUGUCAAGAUAAGAGGAAUGUUAAAUGUCCAGUCAACUUCUUUGCAUGUCCCAGUGGACGCUGCAUUCCUAUGAGCUGGACAUGUGAUAAGGAAAACGACUGUGAGAAUGGAGCUGACGAGACGCAUUGUGACAAGUUCUGCUCAUCCACACAGUUUGAAUGUGCAAAUCAUCGCUGCAUUUCUAGCCACUGGGUGUGUGACGGCUCUGACGACUGCUGGGACGGAUCAGACGAAGACCAGAAGUGCAAGUCCAAGACAUGCAGUCCUGAGGCUUUCCAGUGUCCCGGCUCCCACAUGUGCGUGCCUCAGAGAUGGAAAUGUGAUGGUGAUAAGGACUGUCCCGAUGGAGCCGAUGAGAGCGUAAAGGCUGGCUGCUUGUAUACCAACAGCACCUGUGAUGAGAAUGAGUUCAUGUGCCAAAACAGACAUUGUAUCCCAAAGCACUUUGUCUGUGAUCAUGACAUUGACUGCUCAGAUGGCUCAGAUGAAUCUCCUGAAUGUGAAUACCCUCCGUGUGGGCCAAACGAGUUUCGAUGUGCCAAUGGCCGCUGCCUCAACCAAAAGAGCUGGGAGUGUGAUGGAGAGUUUGACUGUCAGGAUCGCUCUGAUGAAGCACCCAAAAAUCCUCGCUGCACUGACUCUGAGCGUACAUGUAAUGAUUCAGCCUUUAUGUGUCGUAAUGGAAAAUGUCUAAAUGAGACUUUACUGUGUGACCGCAAUGACGACUGUGGAGACGGCUCUGAUGAACUCAACUGUUUCAUUAAUGAGUGCCUCAACAGCAAACUCAGCGGCUGCUCCCAGCUCUGUGAUGACCUCAAGAUUGGCUACAAGUGCCGCUGCCAUCCUGGUUUCCAGCUGAAGCGCGAUGGAAAAACAUGUGUGGACAUAGACGAGUGUACGACCACAUACCCGUGUUCCCAGCGCUGUAUCAACACUCACGGCAGCUUCCACUGUCUCUGCGUGGAUGGCUUUGAAGUCAGCCCCAACGACCCCACCAUCUGCAAGUCCACUUCUGAAGUGGAGCCAUAUCUGAUCUUUGCUAAUCGCUACUACCUGAGGAAGCUCAAUCUUGAUGGUUCAAACUAUACUCUUAUCAAGCAGGGACUGAACAAUGCUGUAGCACUUGACUUUCAUUAUGCUGAACAAAUGAUCUAUUGGACGGAUGUAACAACACAGGGAAGCAUGAUCCGACGUAUGCGAAUGAAUGGCAGCAACAUGGAGGUUUUGCACCGAACAUCCCUUAGUAACCCCGAUGGUUUGGCAGUGGACUGGGUUGGUGGAAAUCUUUACUGGUGUGACAAGGGUCGGGACACAAUUGAAGUGUCAAAACUCAACGGCGCAUACAGAACCGUGUUGGUUAACAGUGGUCUAAGGGAACCGCGUGCUGUGGCAGUGGAUGUGCGCUAUGGAUAUCUGUACUGGUCUGACUGGGGUGACAAUCCUCACAUUGGAAGGAUUGGAAUGGAUGGCACAAACCGCAGCAUUAUUGUACAAGACAAAAUCACAUGGCCAAAUGGAUUAACACUAGAUUUUAUAAAUGAUCGCAUCUACUGGGCUGAUGCCAGAGAGGACUACAUAGAGUUUGCCAGUUUGGAUGGGACCAGCAGACACACUGUACUAAGCAAUGACAUCCCUCACAUCUUUGCCAUGACGCUAUUUGAGGAGUACAUUUAUUGGACUGACUGGGAGACAAAGUCCAUCAACAGAGCGCACAAGACUCUGGGCACCAACAAGUCCACUCUUAUCAGCACCUUACAUCGCCCAAUGGAUAUUCAUAUUUACCAUCCUUAUCGCCAGCCCGAGGUGCUCAAUCAUCCUUGCCAGAUAGACAAUGGCGGCUGCAGUAACCUCUGUCUCCUUUCACCUGGAGGGGGCUACAAAUGUGCCUGCCCCACCAACUUCUACCUGGCUAAUGAUCAACGCACAUGCAUGUCCAACUGCACUGCCAGUCAGUUUGUGUGUAAAAACGACAAAUGUAUUCCUUUCUGGUGGAAGUGUGAUACUGAAGAUGAUUGUGGCGACAGAUCAGAUGAACCAGCUGAUUGCCCUGAGUUCAAGUGCAGACCGGGACAAUUCCAGUGUGGCACUGGCAUUUGUACUAACCCUGCCUAUAUCUGUGAUGGAGAUAACGACUGCCAAGAUAACUCUGAUGAAGCCAACUGUGAUAUUCAUGUCUGCUUACCUAGCCAGUUCAAAUGUUCCCACCCAAGUCGCUGUAUCCCAGGUAUUUUCCGCUGCAACGGUCAGGACAACUGUGGUGAAGGAGAGGAUGAAAAAGACUGUCCUGAGGUCACUUGUGCCCCCACUCAGUUUCAGUGUGCGAUCACCAAACGUUGCAUCCCUCGUGUGUGGGUGUGCGACCGUGACAAUGACUGUGUGGAUGGAUCAGAUGAGCCUGCCAAUUGCACUCAAAUGACUUGUGGCGUGGAUGAAUUCAGAUGCAAAGACUCCGGAAGAUGCAUUCCUGCUCGCUGGAAAUGUGACGGAGAAGAUGAUUGUGGUGAUGCUUCAGAUGAGCCUAAAGAAGAGUGUGCUGAGCGGACGUGUGAGCCAUACCAGUUCAGAUGUAAAAACAAUCGCUGUGUCCCAGGCCGAUGGCAGUGUGAUUAUGACAAUGACUGUGGUGACAACUCAGAUGAAGACAAGUGCGUGCCUCGACAGUGUUCAGAAAGUGAGUUUGCCUGCACCAAUGGGCGCUGCAUCGCCGGACGAUGGAAGUGCGAUGGAGACCAUGAUUGUGCUGAUGGAUCUGAUGAGCAUGGCUGUGAUCUGAAGUGUGACCAGGAUCAGUUCCAGUGUAAGAAUGGCCACUGUAUCCCGAUCCGCUGGAGGUGUGAUGCCGACCCUGACUGUAUGGAUGGCAGCGAUGAGGAGAACUGUGGCAGCACUGCGAGCCGUCACUGUCCUUCUGAUGAGUUCCAAUGCAACAACACAUUAUGUAAACCACUCGCUUGGAUGUGUGAUGGAGAGGAUGACUGUGGAGACAAUUCUGAUGAAAACCCUGAACAGUGCAGGACGUUCCAGUGCCCUCCAACCAGGCCCUUCCGCUGCCAGAACGAUCGUGUCUGCCUGCAGGUCUCAAAGAGAUGUGAUGGUGUCAAUAACUGUGGAGACAACACGGAUGAAAUGAAUUGCCUGACCACUCCAGCAUUAUGUGAGAAGGACGAGUUCCUAUGUGCUAAUGGCAGGUGCAUCAGCUCCAAUCUACGCUGUAACUUUUUCAAUGACUGUGAAGACUAUGGCUCAGAUGAGAUCAACUGCAAGACAGACACAAAGUUAAAUGACUGCAGGAGUAAUAGGACUCAGUGUGGUGAUGGAGAUGAAGCUCACUGUAUAACCAAUGGGACAGACUCCUUCUGCUCCUGUAAACCUGGUUUCCAGAAGACGGGACAUCGCACAUGUGGAGAUAAAAAUGAGUGUCUACAGUUUGGCGUGUGCUCACACAUGUGCAAUAACACCAAAGGAUCUUAUAAAUGCAGCUGCCAGAAGUACUUUUCCAGAAUCAACGACACAUGCAAAGCUGACAACCGAAACAGCAGUCGUCAGAUCCUCUACAUCGCUGACGAUAAUGAAAUCCGUAGCCUAGACCCCGGCAUGCCCAACUGGCGCUACGAGCAGACCUUCCAAGGGGAUGCCAGUGUUCGCAUUGAUGCCAUGGACCUCCACAUCAAAACCAACCGGAUCUUCUGGACCAAUUGGCACACAGGACGCAUCUCCUCCUAUGAACUUCCAGGACCAGUCACCUCUUCUUCCAACAACCAGAGGCACCGACGACAAAGCGAAGGCAGGAUCACAACUUACCAGAUAAAAGAGUUAAAGAUGCCUCGUGGUAUCGCUGUGGACUGGGUGGCUGGUAACAUCUACUGGACAGAUUCUGGACGAGAUGUGAUUGAAGUGGCACAGAUGUCGGGCCAGAACUGCAAAACUCUUAUCUCUGGCAUGAUCGAUGAGCCUUAUGCCAUUGUAGUGAAUCCACAGCGAGGUACCAUGUAUUGGGCAGACUGGGGUAACCAUCCUAAAAUUGAAACUGCAGCCAUGGAUGGGACUCUCAGACAGACCUUGGUUCAUGAGAACAUUCAAUGGCCUACAGGUUUGGCUGUGGAUUACUUCAAUGAGCGCUUGUACUGGGCUGAUGCGAAACUGUCCAUCAUUGGCAGUGUUCGCCUGGAUGGCUUAGAUCCUGUUAUAGCUGUAUCUGGAAUUAAAAACAACCUCCUUCAUCCAUUCAGCAUUGACAUUUUUGAGGACUAUAUUUAUGGGGUGACCUAUGUCAAUAACUUUGUGUUCCGGGUCAACAAAUUUGGAAAAGGUCCAAUGGAGAAUCUCACCACUGGCAUAAACCACGCUACUGACAUAGUUCUGUAUCAUCGCUACAAGCAGCCAGAAAUGACCAACCCAUGUGACCGUAAGAAAUGCGAGUGGCUGUGUCUGCUGAGCCCAAGUGGACCGGUGUGCACUUGCCCUAAUAACUAUGUGGCCAACAACGGCACCUGUGUGGAGAGGCCCAGUCCCACCCAGUCUCCAUUCUCUCCUCCUACUGGCACAUGUGACAUUCAGUGUUUGAAUGGAGGUAGCUGCUUCCUGAAUGCCCGACAGGUGGCAAAAUGUCGCUGCCAGCCCAGCUACACUGGUGAACGAUGUGAGAUCAACCAGUGCAGGGACUACUGUAAGAACGGGGGCACGUGCACUGCCUCUCAUACAGGUGCUCCAACCUGCAGAUGCCAAAAGGGUUUCACAGGACCCACUUGUAGCCGUCACACUUGUCAGGAUUACUGCCUCAACAGGGGCAACUGCACAGUCAAUAUGGGCAACCAGCCAACCUGCAGCUGCCCGCCUGAGUACCUGGGAGAUAUGUGCCAAUACAGUAAAUGUGAGGGUUUCUGUGAGAACAGUGGAACCUGUCUCCAAACAUCAAAUGGUACAAUGCUGUGUCGCUGCUCCAGUCAGUUCAUUGGACACCGGUGCGAACUGAACAAGUGUAUCUUCUGUGGAACGGGCGAAUGCCUGACGUCGCCAAAUGGAGAAGUUUCCUGCCUCUGUCCGAAUGGUCGAAAUCAACCCAGCUGCUACUCCUGUUUGGACUACUGUUCCAAUGGUCAAUGUUCAGUUGACACACGUUCACUUCUGCCUCAGUGCAAAUGUCCUGCUGGCUGGGAUGGAUACAGAUGUGAAGUCACAGCUGCCCCAGUAGACUCAUCAUCUGGUAGUGGAAACACUGCCUCAAUUGUUGUCCCAGUCCUUCUGCUACUCUUAUUGGCACUGUUGGUGGUUGGUGCCAUCUUGUGGUACAAAAAAAGAAUGCGAGGUGCCAAGGGUUUCCAGCACCACAGAAUGACAAACGGAGCCAUGAAUGUAGAGAUUGGGAACCCAGCAUAUAAAAUCUAUGAGGGAGACCCAGACGAUGAUGCAGGAGAGCUUCUAGAUUCGGACUUUGCUCUAGACCCAGACAAGCCAACCAACUUCACAAACCCAGUGUACGCCACUUUAUACAUGGGGGCCCACAACAGCCGUAACUCUCUGGCCAGCACAGAUGAGAAGAAGGAGCUGCUCUCCCAAGGGGAUGAUGACAUGAGCGACCCACUGGCAUAGAGCUCAGCCAGGAGAGAACUCUGCUCUGGUCAGCCGAUGAACUGUUGAGCCAAGAAGCCCUCUCAUCUUAUGCCUUUACCCACGAAAAAAGAAAAGCAACAAAAAAAAAAGCGAGAACACUGUACAAAAUGUAUAAAAUGAAGGACUACUUUUUUAAGUACUGGCAGUAUUAUAUUUUGUUCUUUGAGAAAACAGAAAUCGUCUGGUGACGAAAAGGAGUUUUAUAGACAUUUAUCCAGUUCUUUUAAAAUUUUACUCGCCCCUCUCCUCACAGCUCUCCUCCCCCUGUCAUGCAUAUAGCCACUACCUCUGUGCAAAUGUAAAAGUUAGAGAUACCAAUGGCAAUGGAACAAUUUUAAUUUUUUAUUUUUUUAUUAAUUGUAUAGGGAAAAGACUUUUGUUCCAUCCUUGAUAACAUUGCCAAGUUGUUUUGUUGAAGAGGAAAACUGCUCACAUGAAUGCUUCCUGGAUGCUGGUGUGGCUCGUUUACAUGUGUAUUUGUAUGUUGCUGCUGAAAGUCUGACACGGGGGCGCAGGAGAGGAGGCCACUGCACAUGUGCAGGAGGAGCAGCAUCAGACCUGUCUGUUUGAUUGUCUCAAAGAACUACAUCCAAGUGAUUGUCUUUUACCUUCUUGCACAGACUAAAGUUAUAUAUAUUUGCAUAUAUAUGAACCUAUUAACAAAGUGUCUUGAGAAUAUACCCAGGAAUACAACCAUCAGUAACAAUAGCAGUCUGUACUUUUAUCAGUUUAUUUUAGCCAUUGUAUAAUUGUCAUUACAAGAUGAGUGCGUCCGUGGCAGUGUGUGUGUACUGGAUGAAUAUGAUUGUAUUAAAGUCACAUUCCAGGUUCAAGUCUGGGAUGGUUCUGUGGCCUUGGAUUCGCCUACAGCAGGACACUCCCCUCAGAGCAGCUCUGGGAUGAGAGUGAAACGAGCUUCUGUGAAUUUCCAGUUAUCACUGAAAUGCAAUCUGUGACAAAUAAACUAGCAGAGGAUGGUUGCAUUUAGCUUUGGUUGUUAUCUUUGAUUGUAUCUAUUUCAGGAAAGGCCGUUUGAUGGUACCUUUAUGUGUGGGAGAUUAAACUUUUGUUUUUAAUUGUAUGUAAUUACAUGUACAUGUAAUUUAGGUUAAAGCUCAUUGCUAAGCAUUCCCAGGAAGAGCACUGAUCAGCUUCCUGAUAGUAUUCCUUUGUAAUUCCUUGCCUUGCUGCUAAUGCUAACAUCUGUCUGUCAGCCUGGACUUCAUUUCUAAAGUGUCGCUUUGUGUGGCACCAUGCUUUUACCCUGGGUUUUAUCAGCCAUACCGGACAAUGCUCUGCAUGGCGCACACAGCUAUUUUAGCCAACAGAUUUUCUUUGCUCUUCACAGUAUUGAUCAUUUAUUUUUUAAAGUUUAACAUUGUUCAUUUUCACAACAUGGAAACUAAAAGAUCACUUUUUGUUUGAGGUUUUAUUUGAUGGCAAAAUCCACAUGGAUGUUUGUGGUCAUAACUGUUUUGCAAUGAUUACAUUUUGUUUUGAUAUAAGAAAUUAAAUGGAUUUUUAUAGUAGAAAUGUA